GAGAGGAAGGGCUAGAGAGGUCAUAGAAAAGGGGUGGAGGCAAGGUAGGGUGGCCAUAGAGAGAAGCGGGUAGAGAGACCACAAAGUCUGGCCAUUGGAGGAACAGCCCAAGGACUGGUGGAAUUAGGGCGUCAGCCCGGUCAUGGGGCCGGCUUAGAGCCAGGACAGGUCAUAGAGAGAGAAGCCUAGAGUGGACACGGGAGGGCGGAGCCGACCACGGGAAGCCGGGGAGCGCGGCUGGUGCGCCUGCGCGGCUGCAGGGAGCGCGCGCCGGACUUUGAACAGAGCCGGGAGUCCGCGCGCCUGCGCACUAGUGCUGCCCUGAAAGAGCGGCCUCCUAUUUCCCAGGCUCCGGCCUGGUUCAGAAGCCUCGGAUUCUGAGGUCUUGUCCUGCCUGGCCCCUGGUCCCACCAUGCCCGAGAUCCGCCUCCGCCACGUAGUGUCGUGCAGCAGCCAGGAUCCGACCCAUUCAGCUGAUAACCUCCUGAAGGCAGAUACCUAUAGGAAAUGGCGCUCUGCCAAGGCUGGGGAAAAGCAGAUCUCCGUCAUCCUGCAGUUGGAGAAGGAAGAGCAGAUCCACAGCCUAGACAUCGGGAACGAGGGCUCAGCCUUCGUGGAGGUGCUGGCGGGCAGCUCAGCAGGUGGCAGUGGGGAUCAGGACUAUGAGGUCCUCCUCGUGACCUCUUCAUUCAUGUCCCCAUCUGAGAGCCGUAGUGGGACUAACUUGAACCGGGUUCGGCUCUUUGCUGCUGACAAACUGGUUCGGGCCACGGCUGAGAAACGCUGGGACCGGAUUAAGAUCGUGUGCAGCCAGCCCUACACCAAGGACUCUCCCUACGGCCUGAGUUUUAUAAGGUUGCACAGCCCCCCAGACAAGGAAGAGCCUGGGAGCGCCGCUUCUCCAAAGGUGACCAAGUUGGGAGCCUUUCGAGUGAAGGAGGAUGAUGAGACCAGCAGCUCCCUGAGACCUGGGGCCCUCUUCUUCAGUCGGGUCAGCAAGGCUUCUCCAGCCCCCACCAAAGAACAGCCAGGCCCCAGCUAUGCCGCAGCCACACUGCAGGCCUCCCAGGGCUUGGCUACCCAGUCUCCUCCUCGAAUAUCUCCCCCCCAGCCCCCAUCCUCAAGCAGAGCUCCCAGCAAGCCCCAAGAGUCUCCUAAGGGAAAGAGGAAAUUGGAUUUAAGUCAUGAUGAACCAGGAAGCUCCCAGAGACCCCAGACCCAUCCAGCCCACCCUAAGCUACCAGUCCCCAAGAAGCCCAAAGUGCCUGCUGCGGGCCCUUCUCCUGCCCAGGGCACUCCACAAACUGAAAAGAAAGGGGCCAAGGCUGGGGCCGGCGCUGGGCCUGGCCAGCUGGGGAAGGUCCUUGAGGGCGUGGUCGUGGUACUGAGCGGCUUCCAGAACCCCUUCCGCUCAGAGCUUCGGGACAAGGCCCUGGAGCUUGGCGCCAAGUACCGGCCAGACUGGACCUCGGACAGCACUCACCUCAUCUGUGCCUUCGCCAACACGCCCAAGUACAGUGCGGUGCUGAGCCGGGGUGGGCGAAUAGUGCGCAAGGAGUGGGUGCUGGACUGUCACCGCAUGCGGCGGAGGCUGCCCUGUCAGCGGUACCUCAUGGCAGGCCCAGAUUCCAGCAGUGACGAGGAGACAUCUCCUCCCACCACAAAGCGCCCCCAGGCAAACCACCAGCCUCCUGCAGCAGGGCCCAAGUCAGGCCCCAGAACGCCAUCCCCUGAAGAGCCCCAGCCAGCCCCCAGAGGACCCCAGGAAGACCCAUACAUGGAGGAGGAGUUGGCAGAUGCUCAGGACAAUGGGACAGAAGAUUCCGGGGACACAGAGGAUGAGCUGAGGAGGGUGGUCAAGCUGAGAGACCAGAAGCAGCUCUCAGAUCCGGGGGAGAAUGGAGAGGACCCAUAUGCUGGGUCCACAGAUGAGAACACAGAUGACGAAGACCCAGAACUGCCGGACCAGCCCAUCCCUGAGCUCCCAGACUUCUUCCAGGGCAAACGCUUCUUUCUCUAUGGAGAGUUUCCCGGUGAGGAGCGACGACAGCUCGUCCGAUUUGUUACAGCAUUCAGCGGGGAGAUAGAAGAUUAUAUGAAUGACCGUGUCCAGUUUGUGAUUACAGCCCAGGAGUGGGACUCCAGCUUUGAGGAGGCCCUCCUGGAAAACCCGUCCUUGGCCUUUGUCCGGCCCCGCUGGAUUUACAGCUGCAACGAGCAGCAGAGAUUGCUGCCUUAUCAGCUCUAUGGGGUGGUCCCCCAGGCCUGAUGGCAGCCCAGAGAGACAGACAGAGGACCAGGCACAGCUCCUUCCCUUCCCUCUCACCCCCAGAGUUCUAAUAAAAGGCACUAUUUGGAGCAGC